AGCAGCAGCAGCAUAAAUUCCUCUUCCUGGUUCCCUCAGAGACAGGGAACAUCCAGAAGGCAAAAUGACUAGCCAGUCUCAGGGCAUCCAACAGCUUCUACAGGCAGAAAAACGUGCCAAGGACAAACUUGAGGAAGCCAAAAAAAGAAAGGGGAAAAGACUGAAACAAGCCAAGGAAGAAGCCAUGGCAGAGAUAGACCAUUACAGGCUCCAGCGGGAAAAAGAUUUCAGACACAAGCAGUCUAAUAUAAUGGGCUCCCAAGGUAACCUAUCAACAAAAGUCGAUGAGGAAACCACAGAAAAAAUCCGGACCCUCACCAGUAACUUCCACAAGAACAUGGAGACUGUCCUGGGACAUCUCUUGGACAAAGUGUACGACCUCAAUCCUGAAAUCCACCAAAAUUAUGUGUAUAGCAUUUAAAUCCAUGCACAGCAAUGGUUCAGAAGGAGCCAUGCGAGCCCUCCUUAUUAGGCAAAGUGAGGGAGCCUGGUUCAGAUGAAGUACAGGGACACGGUUUUAGAGCAGCAUAUUGUCAAUUAUUAUAUUUUUACUACCAGCAAGGAUUGGGCAGGAGCCAUUUGGCUCUUCUGCCUCUGACACUGUCAUGAGCUGUCUUUGAGCAGAAGGCAUUAUUUUCCUGAAUUUCUUGUUUUCUCUGUUCUGCUACAUAUGUGAUAUAAUCCCCUAGCCAAAAGCACGUUGGUGCGCAUAAGAUUUGUGAUGUGACCAGUUCCUAUAAGGUUCUGUACAACCAUUUGGCAACAUGGAUCCCCACCACCGCCCUAUUUCUUUCUUCUGUGGCAGAUAAUGUGUCGCUGAAACAUGGGCAACAGCAGGAUAUGGAAUUAUUUGACACCAGCAGCUUUUUAGUGGGUGUCUUUUACUUCUUUGCUUAUGUUCCUUCCUCCUUAAAAAGUGUUCUGUUCAUGUGACUUGGCCUAUUGUAGGAAAUCUGCUUGUCACAAUAUGCGGAGUGUUUAAAAUAACCAAGUAUAUAAUAAAUAUUAUAGCUAUAUUAUUAGACUUAGAAUUAACAACUUUGUCUUUAGCAUGGUACAUAUGGAGAGGUAACAAUCAUUCAAACGAGAGAGCUUUAGUUGUGAGUAGUUUGACAAUACUGAAAAGGAAGUCUCUUAGGGCCCAACAAUGGUAGUCUUUGAACACUGGUCUUAGGUUCCCAGUUAAAGGCAAGAAAGGCCUGUGUUUAGGAUAUGUUUGGAAACUAAUCUAGAGGAAACCUAUUUACAUUUAAUGGAAACUAAUUGACACUGACUCUCCCUCACAGUUUAUGUCAGAUUGGGCACUGAUGAAUUUGAAUCAAAACCUGGUGACUACACAGUGUAACUCUCGAUGUGAGGAAGUCCAUUGUGGAAUUGCCUUUUUUUGUUCAGCCAGCCGGUAGGGGUGGUUUGUUACAAUUAGUUUGAUACUGCUUUUGCCCACUUUUGUAAGUGCCUGAUCCAAUGUGAAGAGGCCCUCACAAAGGUAUCAGUUCUCCUCAGCCGAACACCUCUAGUCUCCAGUUUCCUUAGGAAGAAGUUUCAGCUCAGUGCUAGAACACACUAUCACUGGUUCACUUAAGAAUAAUUAACAUCUGUGUGCCAUCAAAUGAAUUUUGAUUAAUGACAACUAUUUCCAGAAUUUUUUAGGUAAAGAAUGCAUAGAAAUGGUUUAUCAUUCCCUUCUUCUGUGCAGUUAGCCCACAGCUACAUAGGCUGACUCUUCUCCCUGGA